UACACAAUCAUCAUGGCGGCGGCCGGAGCCCCGGAUGGCAUGGAGGAGCCUGGCAUGGACACGGAGGCCGAGACCGUGGCGACCUAGGCGCCCGCGCGGUCCCUCAACUGCGUGGAGGCCGAAGCCGCGGCGGGGGCGGCGGCCGAGGACUCCAGCGCCGCGCGAGGUAGUCUGCAGCCGGCCCCGGCCCAGCCCCCUGGGGACCCCGCGGCCCAGGCCUCGGUCAGCAAUGGCGAGGACGCGGGCGGCGGUGCGGGCAGGGAGCUGGUGGACCUGAAGAUCAUCUGGAACAAGACUAAACACGACGUCAAGUUUCCCCUGGACAGCACGGGCUCCGAGCUGAAACAGAAGAUUCACUCAAUUACAGGUCUCCCGCCUGCCAUGCAGAAAGUCAUGUAUAAGGGACUUGUCCCUGAGGAUAAGACAUUGAGAGAGAUAAAAGUGACCAGCGGGGCCAAGAUCAUGGUGGUUGGCUCCACGAUAAAUGAUGUUUUAGCAGUAAACACGCCCAAAGAUGCUGCCCAGCAGGACGCAAAGGCCGAAGAGAACAAGAAGGAGCCCCUCUGCAGGCAGAAACAACACAGGAAAGUGUUGGAUAAAGGAAAACCUGAAGACGUGAUGCCGUCUGUUAAGGGUGCUCAGGAGCGCCUGCCGGCUGUGCCGCUAUCCGGCAUGUACAACAAGUCUGGAGGGAAAGUGAGGCUUACCUUUAAGCUAGAACAAGACCAGCUGUGGAUCGGCACUGAAGAGCGGACUGAGAAAUUGCCCAUGGGUUCCAUUAAAAACGUGGUCAGUGAGCCUAUCGAAGGACACGAGGACUACCACAUGAUGGCGUUUCAGUUGGGCCCCACGGAAGCCUCUUACUACUGGGUGUACUGGGUUCCAACUCACUAUGUGGAUGCAAUCAAAGACACUGUGCUGGGGAAAUGGCAGUAUUUUUGAAAGCACUUUCACCUCUGGCCCAGGAGACUGACCCAAAGUGAAGGACACUGCUGGGAGAGGCCUGCAGCAUCCCUGGAUUUCAGAGUUCUGGAACUUUGUUCAAAAAUAUCUAUAUCCAAUCUGAGGUGAUGUGGUGACUGAAGCCAGAGGUGAUGUACUUUCACCAUUAGCUUAAUUUUAACUUAAAAUCACCGGUUCCCUUUCUUGCAGUCAGCUUCAUACCAUUUUUAAAAGUCAAUACGGUGUAAAUCAAUAAAUCUGAAUUCUGAAAAA